AUGCAGCAGGUCCUCGACAACCUCCUGGGCCUCCCCAGCGCCCCCGGCGCCGCCGACCUCGACCUCAUCUUCCUCCGGGGCAUCAUGGAGAGCCCCAUAGUGCGCUCCUUGGCGAAGGCCCACGAGCGGCUGGAGGAGACGAAGCUGGAGGCGGUGCGGGACAACAACGUGGAGCUGGUGCAGGACAUCCUGCGCGACAUCGGGCACCUGGCGCGCCAGGACAGCGCCGCGGCCGAGCUGGCACGCAUCCUGCGCGAGCCACACUUCCAGUCCCUGCUGGAGACCCACGACUCGGUGGCCUCCAAGAGCUACGAGACCCCCCCGCCCAGCCCCGUGCUGGAUCCGGCCUUCAACAACCAGCCCGUGCCCCCCGACGCCGUGCGCAUGGUGGGCAUCCGCAAGGUGGCCGGGGAGAACCUGGGGGUGACGUUCCGGGUGGAGCGGGGGGAGCUGGUGAUUGCCCGCAUCCUGCACGGGGGCAUGGUGGCCCAGCAGGGCCUGCUGCACGUGGGGGACGUCAUCCGGGAGGUGAACGGGCGCGAGGUGGGCAGCGACCCGCGGGCGCUGCAGGACAGCCUGCGCCACGCCAGCGGCAGCGUCGUGCUCAAGAUCCUGCCCAGCUACCAGGAGCCGCACCCGCCCCGGCAGGUCUUCGUGAAGUGCCAUUUCGACUACGACCCGGCCUCCGACAGCCUCAUCCCCUGCAAGGAGGCCGGGCUCCGCUUCGCCGCCGGGGACCUGCUGCAGAUCGUCAACCAGGAUGACCCCAACUGGUGGCAGGCGUGCCACGUGGAGGGGGGCAGCGCGGGGCUCGUCCCCAGCCAGCUGCUGGAGGAGAAGCGCAAAGCCUUUGUGAAGCGGGAUGUGGAGGUGCCCCCCGCAUCCGGGGCCUUGUGUGGCAGCCUCAGCGGGAGGAAGAAGAAGAGGAUGAUGUACCUGACCACCAAGAACGCCGAAUUCGACCGCCACGAGCUGCUCAUCUACGAGGAGGUGGCGCGCAUGCCGCCCUUCCGUCGGAAAACCCUGGUGCUCAUCGGCGCCCAGGGCGUGGGGCGCCGCAGCCUCAAGAACAAGCUGCUCAUGUCCGACCAGGCGCGCUACGGCACCACCAUCCCCUACACGUCACGGAAGCCGAAGGAGAGCGAGAAGGACGGGCACGGGUACCGCUUCGUGUCGCGGGGCGAGAUGGAGGCGGACAUCAAGGCCGGGCGCUACCUGGAGCACGGCGAGUACGAGGGCAACCUCUACGGCACCAAGAUCGACUCCAUCCGCGCCGUGGUGGACGCGGGCAAGAUGUGCAUCCUGGACGUCAACCCCCAGGCGGUGAAGGUGCUGAGGACGGCCGAAUUCGUGCCCUACGUGGUGUUCAUCGAAGCCCCCGGCCCCGACACGCUGCGCGCCAUGAACCGGGCGGCGCUGGAGAGCGGUGUGGCCACCAAGCAGCUCACGGAGGCUGACGCCAGGCGGACGGUGGAGGAGAGCAGCCGCAUCCAGCGUGGCUACGGCCACUACUUCGACCUCAGCCUGACCAACGACGACCUGGAGCGCACCUUCGGGCACCUGCGCCAGGCCAUGGAGCGCCUGCGCGCCGAGCCCCAGUGGGUGCCUGUCAGCUGGGUCUACUAG